ACCACAUCUACGCGCUCGCUGUUCCCUACGUCGACGAGCUUUCCUUAUACAUCGUCUCAUCAUGGCUUCAGAAGAACCGCUGUUUGAUCCCUCGCUUAAGAAGCGCAGUAAGAAGAAGACUGUUGCUUUCUCCGAAGACCCUCUAGGUGCAGACGCCGACCCCACUACCCCUGCGCCAGCCAUCGAUGACUCUACUGUCGACCUUGGACCGAAGACUGUACAUGAGCAGAUGAAAGAGAAUGGUAUUGGUGCUGGUGCAGACGAGGACGCUGAGGCACAAAAGUCUAAGAAGGAGAAGGAUACGGCCAAGGAGGAGGAUGAGUUCAAGGCAAUGUUUGGUGAUCUCAAGAAGAAGAAAAAGAAGAAGGAUAUCCCUCUUGACCUCGGCGAGGAUGCCUCUGGCACAUCUACCCCCACCACGAAAACCGCACCUGUGGACGGCGCCAUCAUCGAAGACCUCGACUUCUCUGAUCUCAAGAAGAAGAAGAAAAACCCGAAGAAGAAGACUACCUUCGAUCUCGAGGCUUUCGAAAAGGAGCUCAAUCAGUCGAAGGCUACCGAUGGCGCCAACGGAGAUGCAGAUGAGGAUGGCGAGGAUAUCCCUAACGGUAAAGACCUCGAAGAUGUCGAUGAGGCUGAGCUUGGGGAGGAUAUCUUCGAUCGUGGUGGCGAGGCCCCCACAGGUGUCGACGCCGGAACCGAGCCAUGGCUUACCUCCGAUCGCGACUACUACUAUACCGAACUCCUCUCCCGCUUCUACGCCUCCCUCCAUGCUUCCAACCCCGCUCUCCUCACUUCAUCUGGCAAGAGGUACACGAUCGCCCCGCCGAGCAUUCAUAGGGAGGGAAACAAGAAGAGUAUCUUCGCCAACAUCGGUGAUAUCUGCAAGAGGAUGCAUAGGCAGCCGGAGCAUGUUAUUCAGUACCUGUUCGCUGAGUUGGGUACGACUGGAAGUGUGGACGGUAGCGGGCGGUUGGUUAUCAGGGGUCGUUUCCAGCAAAAGCAGAUCGAGAACGUCUUGAGGCGAUACAUCGUCGAGUACGUCACUUGCAAGACUUGCAAAUCCCCCGAUACACUCCUCACCAAGGAGAACCGUAUCUUCUUCAUGGCCUGCGAGUCUUGUGGCUCAAGACGGUCCGUCAACGCAAUCAAGUCUGGUUUCCAAGCCCAGGUCGGGAAGAGAAGCAAGAACAGGACUGGAUAGAUGUCUUGUCGGGUGGCGGUGGCGGUCUCAGAAUUGGAGUUGGGACACGCGUGUUGUAUUGUAGGAGGCUCAUACACCUGUUGUAUCAUCGAUCUCAUCACCCUUCGCUUGCAAUAUGCAUGUGUUCGUUCUCUGUUAUCACGCUACUCUGUGCUCGAAUCGACAGUUGUACAGUACAAUGGGUCACAGUCCCUACCCUCCAUAUCCUCCAUGUGCCGCCCGCAUAUGUCGAUAAACCCCACCAUCGCUCGCAUCAUCCCUAAACGUCUUCAAACACACCCAACAAAUGUGUAUCUUGCACAUCGCACACCGAAUAUGAUUGCA